CUGAAGGUUUUGUCUGAAUCCCUUUCAAAUUCAUCUGCAAAAGCAGAAAAACGUAUCAUGGAAAACAGACUACAAAAGGAAGAGUCUCUUAUCUUCAGGGUUACCAAAACAAAUGAAGUUAGUGGAAUAGAAAAGGAACUAGUUGCGGAAAUCUCUGGACUUGAGGAGCAAAGGGAUCAACUUGAGGCAGAACUGAAGAAGGUGAAUACUAAAUUGAAAGCGGCUACAGUGAAGCUUAAAAAGACUAGAGAGGAGAGGGACCAAUUUGAUGAAGCCAGCAAUCAGAUUGUGUUACACCUGAAAACAAAGGAAGAAGAACUUGCAAGAUCCAUUGCUUCAUGCAAAGUAGAAGCAAGCACUGUCAGUGCUUGGAUCAGCUUUUUGGAAGAUACAUGGAAAUUGCAGUCCUUAUUUGAAGAGCUAAAAGAAAAACAGGCCAAUGAGGAAUUGGAUAGAUGUGGAGACUGCUUUGCGAAAUUGAUUAAACAUCAUGUUUCUGCAUGCCUGGAAGAGCUGAGCACUUCUAUUGAUCGUAUCAAAACCUUUGUCGAUAACUUGAAAAUAUUCAGUGACAGAUCGGUGUCAGCAGAGGAUGGAGCUAAUGGUUCGUCUAAGCAAUCAAACCCUCGCAAAUACCUUGAGGAAGAAUAUCUCCAAACAGAGAAAAAGGUUGUAGCUGCAUUCAGUUUGGUUGAUAGUAUCAGAGCUGUUUAUUCUUCAAACCAGGAGUACUACAAAACGAGUUUGUGCAGGAGAGAUGAGUCUGAUGUCAAAAAUCUAUUUGCCACCGUCGACAAGCUGCGCGUCGAGUUCGAGUCCGUGCCACGCCCAGUGCUUCAGAUCGAGAUCAAAGAACAGGAAGAGAAAGCAAAGCGAUCCCGUUCCUUGAAGGUCUCCGCGUCACCGAGACAUUCGAGGAGCGAUUCCCCGAUCGCGCCUCAGCUGAGGACACGGCUGCCAUCGGAGUCCGAUUCGGAGCUGGCCAAGUUCGACCCGGAAUACAAGGCCGACGAGAUCAGCGGGUGGGAAUUCGAUGACCUCUAAGACGAGCCAAGACCUGGCUUCCUGUAAUCUGCCUGGGCUGCAAAUUGUGACCCAUACCUGUAGUAGUUGAUGUAAAAUCAUUAGCACGAAAAAGCCUGGGAAAUGUAUAGUUCAGUGUACAUUGUAACCUUCGCAUCAGUUCAGAAUUUUGUUUCU